CGUGAGCUUGCAAUUUGGGGGAGUUACAGCCGGGGGGAGGGGAGGAGAAACAGGGUGGAUGAGCGCGGGCGUGCUCGUUCGUUUGCUCGCUCCCGAGCGCGGCGGGGCGCGAGACGAAUAGGGCGCGAAACGGGGAGAGAAAGAGAGGAAAAAAAGGGUUAGAGUGCGCGGGGCGGCGGCUUGUGCUGUGGUUCGGUGCGGCGGGGAGACGUAAGCCGAGCUGUCGCCCGGGGUCUGGGGCAGCGCGACGGGUGGGCGGGACGGCAGGGCUCAGGCCGAGGCUCCGCUCCGCUCUCCUCGCCUCCGCUUCCCCCCUCCCCUGCCCAGCGGGGCCUCGAGCUGCGCAGUGGCGGAGGGAUCUUGUCCAUAAAGAUAGAACAAAAAAGAUUUUGUUGAAAGCUUUGUGAAAGUCUAGGUCUGUUCUAAGGAUCUGCUUCAGUUCAAUAAACAAAUGAGAUGAUAAAUAGGAAUUUACUUUGACAGUCAGAAAUUUUCCAAAGGACAUUGAUGCAGGACAUUAAUUUAAAAAAUGAAUAUAUCUAGUGUUGCAUUAAGAGUGGAAACUUGGCUUUCCUCUGCAUGGCAUAUUAAAGUUCCCAUGAUGUGGCUAGAAGCUUGUAUUAAUUGGAUUCAAGAAGAAAAUAAUGAUAUGAAUUUGACUCAGGCUCAAAUUAAUAAACAAGUGUUUGACCAGUGGCUUCUUACUGAUCUAAGAGAUUUGGAGUAUCCCAUUUUACCUGAUAAGAUUUUGGAAGUCCCAAAAGGAGAGCUAAGUGGUUUUUAUUCUUUGCAGAUUAAUUCAUUGGUUGAUGUUAGUCAGCCUGUGUAUUCCCAGUUACAAAAAUUGAGAGGACUGAACAGGUCAAAUGAUCAAGUAACAGCUGAAACACAAAUAUCCUUAAAGCCUUGGGAAGCAAAUCCUACACGAAUGCUAAUGUUGCAGAUAACUGAUGGAGUUAGGCAAAUACAGGGCAUGGAAUAUCAACCCAUUCCAGCUCUUCAUCAAACUAUUCCUCCAGGUACAAAAAUCCUCAUUCAUGGAAAUAUUUCUUACCGUCUUGGUGUUCUUCUGCUAAAACCGGAAAAUGUGAAGGUUCUAGGGGGUGAAGUGGACGCUCUUGUUGAAGAACAUGCCCAAGAAAGAGUACUUGCAAGACUAAUUGGAGAGCCUGAUUCUUUAACUUCACCUAGACCAAAUCACAGCCAAUGCAUUCCUGCACUUGAAGAUGAACUAGAACCAGCAUUAGAGCCUUCAGAUGCAGAACUCCUAGCAAGCCUUGAUGAAAGUGAUGAGUCAGUAGUGGUCAAUAAUAACACUCCUUCAGAAAGUGGGUAUUUUAGCAGAAGCUGUAUUUCAAACACUAUCAGCAAUGUAACUACUAGCUCAGGACUUUCUAUCAUUUCACCAAGAAGAGAUGAAGACCUACCAAAUCCAUCUGUAAAUUUUGCUGAAGGAGAUUUAGAUGAUUUUUCACUAGAGGAUGUCUUGUUUUUAGAGGAAACUAUCCAGAAAGAACUUCAGGAGACAGAAGAAAGGAAUUCAUUGACACUGAACAGAGGCAGUGACAAAAAUAUAGAGAGACAUUCACAGAAACCUAACAUUACAGAGGAUUUUUCUUUGGUUAAUACAAAUGAAAAAAAUGUUCAGAAUGAAAAGAUUUUGUUUGAACAAAUAACCAGUAAAGACAAAUCUUUUAGUUAUCUAUCUGUUAGAGAUCAAAAUCUCAGCAGUAUGUUGUCAUUUGAAAAUAAUGCACACCUGCCUCAGGAUUUCAUAGUUAAACAUAAGAACUCAGGAAUAUAUGAGAAAAUUAAACCCCCAAUUAGUAAUUUAGAAAAUGAUAAAACAUUGAAAACUGAACUGGUUAAUGUACCAAAGCUAGUUUCAGAAAUCAGUAAUGAAAGCAGUUAUGUAUAUCCCUGUUCUUUAAUAUCAUUAGAGAACAACAUGGAUCGAAUUUCUAUUGCUGUCGAUUUGGAUUCUCCACCUUUUACUUAUAUUUCCGUCCUAUUAGCCAGAAAUCUCAAUGAAGUAACAACUGUGAAAGUCAAGGCAUUUAUUGUAACCUUAACUGGAAAUCUCUCACGUUGUGGUGGCUUUUGGAGUGUAACUGCAAAAAUUUCUGAUGGCACUGCUUAUCUAGAUGUGGCUUUUGCAGAUGGAAUACUAACAAAUAUGAUUGGGUUUUCAGUAUCAGAAAUGAAACAGUUAAAGAAAGAUACUAUUCAGCAUAAAAAAUUCCAGGAAGGUUUACAGAAAUGUCAGAGAGCUCUAAUAGACUUGUGCUGUCUGAUGACCAUUACAUUUAAUCCUUCCUUGUCUAAAGGCAUAGUGUCAGUUCUGCAAGAUGUAAAUAUGGAAGACUUACAAAGUUUAAAGAGACGCUUGAAUAAGUAACAUCAAUGUUGAAUAAAUCCAUAACUUUUGAAUAGAAAACCUGCCGAAACAAUAAUAAAAAAUAAUUGAAAGCACUCCCAAAUUUUUAAGAUUUUAUCUAAAAGGCAAAUGUUAGCAUCUUAAAUGUUCUCUUUUAUUUCAUUUUUGGGAAUAAAAGGAGUAAAGAUCCAAAACUAAUUUUGGUGUAAUGAAAAAAAAAAGCAACCCUGUUUUAAUUUUAAGGGAAAAAAAAGACACUUAUCUGAAAGAAUGUUAAAGUUUAGACAAGAAACUGAUUUUUGUUAUCCAUCACUUUUGACGAUCAUUCCUGCUUUGUCAGCCUAAAUGGUUUUUAGUAUUGUAUUAAUGUCAGUGCUGGGUUGUAUUAAUAAAAAUUGAAAAUCAUAAGUAAAAUAAGUUAAUCUUAAAGUAUUUAAUGUUUUAAACAAAUUAUUUCUCUUACAAGAAAUUAAUGUGAUCCCAGGGUACCAAAUGUUGGUUUUCAGAUUGAAGUUACUCUCUUCAUUUUUAGUUUUCUGAUUCUUGUUUUUGUGAUAUGAAAGGUAAACUUUGCAAUGUUAUAUAUGAAAAAGUAAAUUUUUACAAAAAACCUCA